AAAAGAGUAAAACCAAGCACCACUCCAGCAGGUCCAGUCAGCUUGAGCGGCGCACAAGGGAGGCAACUGGCAGGAAGCCUGCGCUGGGGCACCAGGCGAAGUUCCAAAGGCUCAGCCUGUCCUGUGGCGGUGGCAGGUGGACUUUGCCCCCCGGAAGAGCCCGAGGGGUCCCUCCUGCCGAAGGUGGCCUGCUGGUGAUGCCGGCAGCUGCCCCACACAUUGCCUGAGCACACCAUGGCAGACCUUUGCAGCGUGCCUCCUGAAAUCCUCAUCCCAGCUUCCAAUGAGACACUGGAGCUGGCGCUGGGGAGCCGGAUAAUGCUGAACUGCACCGUGCGCUGGGCAGCCACCGAGCACUGUGAGCCCGUCCCUGCCUGGACCAAAGAUGGGCAGCGGCUGGGCAGUGAGAGCAGCCAGGACACUGCCUGGUUUACUCAAAAUGCCUCAGAGCGGCUCCUCACCAGCAUCCUGCAGCUGAACCUCACACACAAUGAUGACUUCGGGGUGUUUGCCUGUUGGAUCAGCAACGCCACAGCCACCUUCACCCUGCAGCGAGUGGAGGUGGCAGGGCAUGUGCCCGCGGUGCUGGCAGCUAUCCUUGUCCUGGUGCUCCUGGUGCUUCUGGCUGGGCUCUAUGUCCGAUGCCGCCUGAGUGUGCUCCUCUGGUACCGGAACCGCUACGGCGAGCUGGAGAUCAACGAUGGGAAGCUGUACGAUGCCUACAUCUCCCAUGCCACCACCCCAGAUGACCGAAAGUUUGUCCACUUCAUUGUGAAGCCACAGCUGGAGAACCGCUAUGGCUACAAGCUCUUCCUGGAUGAGCAAACCAUCCUGCCUAACUCUGAGCCAUCAGCUGACUUGAUUAUGAAUGUGAGCCGGUGCCGGCGUCUCAUCGUGGUCCUCUCCAUUGCAUACCUGGAGCAAGAAUGGUGCAACAGCAGCUUCAGGGAAGGGCUUUGGAGGCUGCUGGAGCUUUCGAAGAAACCCAUCUUCAUCAUCUUCGAGAGCCAGUACAGGGAGAUCACCCACCCUGCCAUCAAUGUGCUGAAGCAGCACCGGAGUGCUGUGACCCUGCUGGUGUGGCGAGCUGGCUCCAUGACCCCAUCUUCAGACUUCUGGAAGGAGCUGUGCCUGGCCCUGCCCCGCAAAGUGUCUUUCCAGGGGACCAUGGGGGACCCGCAGACCCAGCUGCAGGAGGACAAGGACCCCAUGCUGAUCCUGCACAGCAGCUACCUGGACAGUGGCGGAGACCUCCACCCAGAUGGGGACCUCGGUACAGGCCUCCGAGGGAGCAUUUUCAGAAGCCCCCCACCUCCCCGCAUUGGCGGCCCCAGCGCUCGCAUGGCUUCGGCUGCCGGCAUGAUGGAGGACCCACAGCUGAGGGAUGGCCAGAGACCUGAGCUCGACAUCUCAGACCUGGGAUCGCGCAACUACAGUGCCCGCACAGACUUCUACUGCUUGGUGACAGAGGAUGACAUCUGAGCAGGGCCACAGGCCAGCAAAGAAGGCAACCUCCUUUCCCCACGGGGCUGCAUGGACCCAGAUCGUGGCUGGAGGAGCCCGGGCUUUAUGAUGAGACCAAAGCCAAGGUCUUGGUGGGAAAAACAGGAGCCGGCUCCUUCUGGCAGCAUGCUCCAUGGUGGAAAACCAUCACCAGGGGACAGCCUUGCCGCUAGUGCCUGGCCCCCACUGCCUCCCUGGGGACAUUUUUCCUGCAUGACGGACAAGCAUUGGGAUGGGUGACGCUCUCCAAGAAGCAACAUGUCCCAUCCCCAGUGGCUGGGAAAUGCCUGACAGAGCGGAUGCGGCACCCUCUCUCCUACAGAACCCCCCAUGGCAAUAAAAUGCUGCUGUACCAA